AAUCUAGCAUCAGAGAAGUGCGUUUUAGAUUCAGCUCAACAUUUGGUCCUUCGUAAAAUUGAGUUAUCCCCCACCCGAGGUAAGAAGCUCAAUGGAACUAGGCCUAUAAAGCAAUUUAAUAAAAAUUGUUUAACACCCACUGAAAAAUUAAAUUCUGUGAAGAAGCGUCCUCGUGGCUUUAAACAACGAGAAGAAAAAUAAUAAUAGAAAUCACAAUCCACUAAAAAGUGGAAAUACAGUGAAGAAGCGUUCUCGUGGCUUUAGACAACGAGAAGAAAAAAAAAAAACACAUAAUAAAAAUAUCAGAAAAAUAAACAAACAAAACUACAAAUAAAGUAAAAUGGUUCGUCAGCAGUUAUACAAGCGUCAAAAUGAGAUUGGUGAAUAUAUCAUCAAUUUGAAGCAAAGCUGCCUUAAGGAAACCGCAAGAAGUGUGGCUAAGGAAACCUGCAAAGCCCAGUUGGGGCAAGUUUGGCAGGAAUUCAAAAAUAACCACACGAAGUUAACCGAAUUGGGUAUCACCGAGGAACCGUACUUUAAAAACAAGUAUUAUGAGAAGGUGAACUCAUUGGUGGAGGAAAUCUGUGCAGCCCUAGAGACGAACGAGGAUGCAGCCAGCCAAUUGGAAACUGGAAAAACUGAAUCGUCGGGGUUGAAAUUACAACAAAUCCAACCGCAGGAAAAUGGGGAGUCCAAAAAUGAGAAGGAAAGAAUAGCGGGAAAAAGGAAGGAAAGAAUAAGAAAACUUAUUCGAAAGUUAGUAGGAGAACUACUAGAGUUGGAACAACUCAAUAUUAAAGUCUUGCUGGAAGAAGCAAAAAGAUCAUGGGAAACACAGAUGAAUCAAAUUAAUGAUCUAUUAUGGGAACUCACUAUCAACCAUGAGGGGUCUUACGAAGACAUCACUAAAGAAGUUGAUGAAGUAGAAAACCUCUACAAAAGAAGUAAAACAACGCUGAUCUUAAGAUUGGACAAAUGUAAGGAGGAGAGAUGUCCUAUAAAACUAGCGGAGAUAAAAAUACCGGACUUCUACGGUAACGUGGAAGAAUGGCCAUCUUUCCAUGAUUUAUACAAGAAGCUCGUACAUGAGGCCGAGAGCUUAUCGGACGUUGAGAAAAUGUUUUAUCUGAAAGCUCAUAUUAAAGGAGAAGCGUCAAAAGUAAUUAAACAUUUACCGGCAGAUGGAAGCAAUUACCAGCCAGCGUGGGAGAUACUAAAUCAACGCUUUGGAAAUAAAAGAAUUUUGUUUCAAACGAUACUAGACCGAUUGUUAGAUCAACCCCAUGUGUGUAGUGAGAACGCUAAACAAGUAAAAGGAUUACUUGAUACAACAAUUGAAUGCGUCCAAGGGUUAAAAGCAAUGAAAUGCAACAUCGAGGAUGCUGUAAUGGCGCGUGUAAUCAUCCGUAAGCUAGACAAAGAAGGUUUAUUAUUAUACGAGCAGCAUACAAAGAAAUCGAAAGAAAUUCAGGAGCUUAAAGAUGUUUUGGAGUUCUUGGAGGAACGAUAUCAAAAUUUGGAGGCAGCAGGUACAAAGAAGUACAGCAGCAAUUACAAUCAUCGGCAACAGCAGCCUAUGAAAAGUACGACACUCUAUACGGAUAAAAGUGCGUGUCUAUACUGUAGAAAACAAGGACACUUAACGGAAGAAUGUCGAAGUCUGUUGAGAUUGCCAGUGGCGGAACGAGUAUCAUGGGUUAAAACAAAAAAUAUAUGCCAUAGAUGCUUGAACCACAAUCAGAAUGCAAGAUGCGAUAGUACCAUCAAAUGUGGAACCUGUGGGUUUAAACAUCAUUCGGUACUCCAUCUAACUAAGACAUCCACUACAUGUGUUGCUAACGGGACAAGGAGUGUCCUACUGGCAACGGCUCAGGUGCAGGUCAAGAAUAUACAUGAAGAGAUGGUUACCUUGAAAGCUUUGGUGGACCAAGGAUCACAGUCAACGUUUUUAAGGGAAGAAGCAGCACAGAUACUUCAAAUCCCUCGAGAAAAGGCCAAUAUGGAAUUGCAUGGACUAGGUGACAAUUUGGUGGGAGUUGCAAAAUCAAAAGUAAAAGUUAGGAUCCAUCCGAGAUUUCCCAGCAACUAUUCACUCGAUGUCGAAGCUCUUAUUUUACCAGCGUUAGCUUCCGUCCAUUUGGAUUCUUCGUUAGUACACAACCAGGGUGUAUGGAAAAACUUUCAAUUGGCUGAUCCAAACUACUACAAGAACGAGAGGAUAGAUAUGGUGCUUGGCGGAGAUGUGUAUGUGGACAUACUAAAGAACGGAAUACAUAAGAAGCAUGGAAUGUUGGGGCAACAUACCAAGCUGGGAUUAAUGUUGUCCGGCCCAUUAACGAUUCGAGUCCCAGUAGCGAAAAAAGGUGUCAAUGUCACUACAGAGAUUGAAAGAUUUUGGGAAACUGAAGAGUUGGAUAUGGACAUGGUUACAAACGAUGACAGCGAUUUUGAUGCAGAAAAUCCCGGAGCGGAAGACGAUGACGCCGAGGAUGAUGACGAGGACGACGACGAAGAUGAGGACGACGAUGGUGAUGAUGAUGACGACGACGAGGAGGAGGAUGAAGAUGAGUCGGAGGAUGAAGAGGUACAACAACCCAAAGCCAAACAACCUAAAUUGGAUAAGCCCGAGAAACAACAAAACGGCGUAGCCAAACAAAAGGAGCAACCCCCAACUGAGAAGAAAUCGAAAAAAGAAAAGAAAAAACAGAAACAAAAGGAGCAACAACAACAGCAGCAGCAACAGCAAAAUAAACAAGAUAAGCAACAAAAAGCUGGUGGUGAACGCUCCCUUUCUGGCGGCGUAAAAGUUGUGGACAUUCGUGUGGGCAAUGGACCAGAAGCUAAACCCGGUAAAAGUUCUCAGGUCUACUACGAAGGUCGCUUGCUUUCCAACAAUAAGGUAUUCGAUAGCGUGAAAACAGGCGCUGGCUUCAAAUUCCGGUUGGGGCGCGGUGAAGUUAUCAAAGGCUUGGAUGUCGGUGUCGUCGGCAUGAAAGUCGGUGGAAAACGUCGCAUAACUUGUCCUCCACAUAUGGCAUAUGGUUCACGCGGUUCUCCACCAACCAUACCACCUAACAGCACAUUGGUAUUCGAAGUCGACCAAAGAUUUGAUGACUUUGCUGCGGAUUCAUUUUGGAAGAAAUUGGCGCUAGUAAACAGCUGGAUGUUUAAAGUUUUCAACCAGACAACGGGACAUAUUCAAUGCUCGAGCCGCUCACAACGAAUAAUAGAGUUACCCCUGCAAGGCGUCUUGGAAGUGGAACCUGGCUGCACCGUUAGAACCCUAGGAACAACAAUCACUGCGCCGUUAAGCCUCCAGUCUAGUCGAGAUGUAGAAGAUAGAGUGAAUUUCACAGCAGACUUAGCUCAGAUUGAAGAAUUUAACAUGCUUCCUUUGGGACCAAUGAUUAUCAAUCACACCCGCCAAGUUGAUGAAGUGAUGACGAAGCUUAGAGAUGUCCAGAAAACAAAUGUCGAUCUAAGGGGCUUGCAGUUUCAUCAUAUGAGUGGUCAUGCUGCUCUUAUUUUAGCACAAGGUCAUUGUGUCACUAUAAACAAACACACUUUCUCACGCCUGCAUUAA